AGCGCCACCCACACCCACUUGCCUAUUACUUUUGUGCCCUUGCGCCGUGGUCUUCUCCCCGGCCCCUGUUCUUAUCUGAUCUCUGCUCUGCCCGUGCCUCCACCUCCCUUUCUUCCUCCCUCCCCCGUUUUCUCUUCUCCCACCCCUCUUCCUUCCUCUCCCGGGUCAUGGCAAAGGUGAAAAGCGGAUAAAAUUAGCAACUGGGAGAUCAACGCAGAGAGGGGUCUUGAGAAGUGAGCUAUACUAGUAUGGUACUUGUUUCUUUCGGUGAGAAUACAAGAGGAAUUUGAGAGGAGUUGCUUUGCUCGGUGCGCGGUCAACAACAUGAUGGGAGGUGGGCUCGUGAUGGACCAGGGCAUGGUGUUCUCCGGCGUGCACAACUUCGUGGAUCUCCUGCAGCAGAACGGCGGCGACAAGAACCUCGGCUUCGGCUCGCUGAUGCCGCAGACGUCGUCCGGCGACCAGUGCGUGAUGGGCGAGGGCGACCUCGUGGACCCUCCGGCGGACAACUUCCCGGACGCCGGGGACGACGACAGCGACGACGACGUGGACGACAUCGAGGAGCUGGAGCGGCGCAUGUGGCGCGACCGCAUGAAGCUGAAGCGGCUCAAGGAGCUGCAGCAGAGCCGCGGCAAGGAGCAGGCGGGCGGCGGCGGCAUGGGGGCGGACGGCGGGCUGAAGCCGCGGCAGUCGCAGGAGCAGGCGCGGCGCAAGAAGAUGUCGCGCGCGCAGGACGGCAUCCUCAAGUACAUGCUCAAGAUGAUGGAGGUGUGCCGCGCCCAGGGGUUCGUGUACGGGAUCAUCCCGGAGAAGGGCAAGCCCGUGAGCGGCGCCUCCGACAACCUCCGCGCCUGGUGGAAGGAGAAGGUCCGUUUCGACCGCAACGGGCCAGCCGCCAUCGCCAAGUACCAGGCCGACAACGCCGUGCCGGGCUCCGAGAGCGACCUCGGCUCCGGCACCGCGAGCCCGCACUCGCUGCAGGAGUUGCAGGACACCACCCUGGGCUCUCUGCUCUCCGCGCUCAUGCAGCACUGCGAACCCCCGCAGCGGAGGUUCCCGCUCGAGAAGGGCGUGUCCCCGCCAUGGUGGCCGUCGGGCGACGAGGAGUGGUGGCCGGAGCUUGGCAUCCCCAAAGACCAGGGCCCGCCGCCGUACAAGAAGCCCCAUGACCUGAAGAAGGCCUGGAAGGUCAGCGUGCUCACCGCUGUGAUCAAGCACAUGUCGCCGGACAUCGAGAAGAUCCGGCGCCUCGUCCGCCAGUCCAAGUGCCUUCAGGACAAGAUGACCGCCAAGGAGAUCUCCACCUGGCUGGCCGUCGUGAAGCAGGAAGAGGAGCUUUACAUGAGGCUGCACCCUGGCGCGCGCCCUCCGAUGCCUUCCGGCGGCAUCGCCAGCGCCAUAUCCUUCAACGCCAGCUCCAGCGAGUACGACGUUGACGUCGCUGACGACUGCAAGGGCGACGAAGCGGGCACUCACAAGAUGGCCAUGGCCGAUCCAACUGCCUUCAAUCUCGGAGCGGCCAUGCUGAAUGACAAGUUCCUCAUGCCCGAGCUGCCUAUGAAUAUGAAAGAGGAGGCUGCCGACGUGGAGUACGUCCAGAAGAGGGGAUCGGCGACCACUGAACCCGAGCUGAUGCUGAACAACCGUGUCUACACCUGCAACAAUGGCCAGUGCCCGCAGAGCGACUACGGCUAUGGGUUCCUUGACAGGAACGCUCGCAACAGUCACCAGUACGCCUGCAAGUACAACGAUCCCCUGCCCCCAACCGUGGCCGUGGAGAACAAGCCGCCGCCGCCGCCGCCUGCACAGCAAGUCUUCCCGACGGCCUACAACCAGCCGAACCAGGCGCUGAACAACCUGGAUCUGGAUUUCAGCCUGCCGAUGGACGGCCAUCGUUCCAUCACCGAGCUGAUGAACAUGUACGACAACAACAUGGCCAACAAGAGCACGAGCAGCAACGACGAUGUCACCAUCAUAGAGAGGCCCAAUGCGCUCGCCCCAAGGAUGCAGAUGGACGAGGGCUUCUUUGGACAGGGGAAUGGAAUUGGCGGCAAUGGCGGUGGCCUGUUCGAUGAUGUCGGUAACAUGAUGCAGCAGCAGCAACAGCCCCAGGCACAGGCACCACAGCAGUUCUUCAUCCGCGACGACACUCAGUUCGGGAACCAGAUGGGCAACAUCACCGGCUCAUCGGAUUUCAGGUUUGGCUCUGGUUUCAACAUGUCCGGCACGGUCGACUACCCGCAGCAGAAGAAUGACGGCCCCAAUUGGUAUUACUGAAGAAUAAACUUGUAGGGAUUAAAAUCCUUCAUAAGCUUUUAAAUUUCGCCAUGGCACAAUCUUGUGCUUCCAUGGUGAAAAGUCUCCUCCUAAGAACUGGGUAAUUCUAUAGGUCUUUCUUAAUUUUCAUAUAGGUUUUGCAGUAGUUGCAAAUAGGCUGGAUCUUGGAACUGGUUAAAUACAUGUAUGUCCAGUCCAGCUGGUGAACCUCUUAUGGAAACUUAAUUUUAUUCCUAGUUUAAUUUGUUAGUUAAAUGCUGUUCAUAUGACUUGCUGGUGGUUGAAUUGCUGUGGUUGUUCCAGUAUUUGGUUCUGUACCUUUUAAUUGGCGAAUGUAUGAACUGCUGCUCUGAUGUUUUA